AUGAACUCGACUCGAUUUGUGCUGUCUGUGUGCGCGGCAUACAAGAACGUGAUGGAGCAGCUUGACGCGAAUACAGCGUUCCUGAACAGUGGAUUGGUGGAACUUGUCUACGCGGAAGAUACAUUUGGUGUUAUGAACGCUAAGGGUACACUGUGCAAAUGGGAGAAGACUGUCUAUGGUUCAAAGAAGGCAACAAGUGCUCAAGACAAGAUAAUUUAUCGUGUCUUCUUGCAGAGUGGUUUCUAG